AUGUGGAAUGCUACAAAACAAACAAAUAAUAAGCAACAUAAAGAAAACAAGAUUAAUUCACAACCUAUUCGAAUGAGUUUAUGUGUUACCCAUUCUGGAAUAAAGACAGAAACAAAGCAAUUGGGGCUAACCGAAUAUUGGGCACACAGAAUUACUUUUUGUUCAGCUCCGCAACAGUAUCCGAGAGUUUUUUGUUGGAUUUACAAACACGAAGGCAAACGUAUGAAACCCGAGCUUAGAUGCCAUGCAGUACUAUGCAAAAGGCCAACAGAGCCUGAACGACUUGAGAAAUUAUUAAACCAAUAUUUACAGGCUGCUUUACAAAUUAAACGCUCAAAUUCUGAACCUCGUUUGGUGGCUAUAGAUGAGGAGGAGGAACAGUCUGAGGAAAGGAAUACAACCCCUACAAAAAAUGCAGUGUUAAACAAAGAAAAUGUUUCAGUUGAUGUUCUUCCUGAAAGAAAUGUUGAGGAAGUUGUUAACAAUAGUGAUCAUAGCGAAUUGGAGGUAAAUAAUGAUUAUUAA